AACAGCAGGAACGACAUCCACUGUUCAAGCUACAGGUGAAACAACAAUAACAAUUGCAACUGAAGAAACGAAAGCAGCUACCGCUGGAAGUACAACUGCAGGUGAAGUCAAGACAACAUCCGAAGUUGAAGAAUCUACACAAGGAACAACACGUGAAGUCGUUGAAACAACCGGUGAGACAGCUCCAACUGUUCUAACAACUGGCGCCAGCACACCUCAGCCAGCAGAAACCACCACAACAACGUUCCAAUGCAAUCACAUGGAGUAUAUCGAUAAAUUGAUUGCAUCAAAUUCGGUUAGCAUAGUCUCAGAGAACAUAGCUAACAAAGAAGACCUUAUCAACCGCGGUGUCGACUUUGUCGAACUAAAUCCAAUCAUAGUGAUCGACAUUCCAAAGAACGGUGCCAUCGUUCGAGACGUUAAAGUGACAUCUACGAACGGCGCUGCAAUCGUGGUGACUUUGACAACAGUUGAAGGUGAAACUUUAUCGCCAAUACGUGGAAAUCCAACGAGCCUGCCAAAUGAUAAGUUCCCAACUGAACUUGUGGCCAAGAUUGUUAUCGAAAUCCUCGAAACAACAGACAAUCAUUCACCAAAACAAGUUACUCUCUCAGUUGUAGCAUGUGCUCCAGGUGUCACAGUAGGCACUACUGAAGGAACAACACCAGGAACAACAACUGGAACAACAACUGGAACAACAGCAGGAACGACAUCCACUGUUCAAGCUACAGGUGAAACAACAAUAACAAUUGCAACUGAAGAAACGAAAGC